AUGGGGUCAAUAUUGCAUAUAAAACAGGAGGAGUUGGUUUGGGUUUGGACGCCAGGAAUGAGUUUUAAGAUGGAAGAAUUAUACAUUGAUAGCACAUUGAUGAGUCUGAGCCUGUUGCUUGUGGUGGGGUAUCACGCGCAUCUGUGGCAAUGCUUGAAGAAGAAACCUGAGAAGACGACCUGGGGAAUCCAGCGGGAGGGCCGGAGAGCGUGGCUAGAGCUGACGCUGCAGCUGGAGGGUGGCAGCAUGCAGGUGGUGCAGAUCUUGAGAAACAAUCUGAUGAUCAUAAUCCUCAGAGCUUCCAUAUCAAUCGCUGUAAGCUCCUCCGUGGCAGCCCUCACCAACAAUGCUUACAAAACCCAACAACUAUUCCGAAGCGGAACUCAAUCGAGCGCCGCCAGUAGUGGGCUGUUCGCUGUGAAAUAUGCGGCCGCCUUUGUGGUGUCAGUAUCGAGCUUCCUAUUCAGCUCAUUUGGGGUGGGAUUUCUGAUCGACACCUGCAUGUUGGUCAGCACUGCAACUGCAAGCACCCAUAUACAGAGACUGGUGGACACAGGGUUCGCCUUGGCUUUUAUAGGCAACCGCUUGAUGUGGCUCAGUUUUGCCCUCUUGUUAUGGUCCCUUGGUCCUAUUCCGGUCGCCCUCUGCUCCUUCGCAUCGCUUUGGGGUUUUUCUUUUAUUGAUUUUGUUGGCAAAUCAGUCAAACACAUGUAG